AUGCUCAGAUACGUCGUAUCCUCCGCAAGCAGCUAUUUCUACCUCCCGAUCGAAGACGAAGGCGCGCCUACUGACGACGACGACCAAAUCCCCGCGUACAGUCGACAUAUCGACUCUAAAGCUGCAUACGAGCCGCCCGAACCCUCAUCCGACUCCGACUCCCCGCCACCGCCCGCCGACAGACACCAUGGAAACGAACACGGCGCUACUGGACACGAACCCGCGAUCGCGCAGAUCCUCGCGCAGGAUAACCUUUACGCCGUACUCGGUCUCGAGCAUGGUACAACCGAUGCAUUGGCGCUCCGAAGAGCGUAUCUGGCACGGACGAAGAUGUGCCACCCUGACAAAUUCGCGGGAGACCCCGCGGCAACGCUCGCAUUUCAGAAGGUGUCCCUGGCAUACAGCGUGCUCGCCGACCCCGCACGACGAAGACGGUACGACGCUGCGCCGGCCGACUUUGCGGCACAGGGCAUGGGUGGCGCGAGGGCCGAGGAAACGUUGAGGGGCGUCGUGUUGGGCGUCUUCAACGACUUUCUCGACGGCGAUAUGGAAGUCGUCCGAACUCUAUUGCGUGCCAUGGACAACUUUAAUCCGGCACUGAGGCUGAACGACGAAGGGAUUGAGAGCGUACUCGUCACGCUCCAAGCCAUCCGUGAACGUCUGCUCACUUGCCGUGCCCUCUCACAUGCCCUUGUCGCCACGCUGUCUCACCUCGCCGAGACACAACAUGCUCUGGGUCAGCAGCCCUAUCUUGCCAUCCGCCCUCGCGCGCGUCUAUCCUUGCGUCUCGCGCGCAUCACCCUUGGCCUGCCACUUGCACUGGAGGAUGUAUUGAGGAGAGAACGAAGGAGACCAAGGGCAAGGCGAAGAGAUGAUGGGAGGUGGGCAAUGAAUGACGAGAAGGAAGAGGAGAGGGAGAUAGUGCAUAGGAGGCGGGUUCUACGGCUUAUUGAAGGCGUAGUCAAAGGAAUGGAGAGGGUCGAAAAGGCGCUCUAG